GUGUGUGUGUGUGUGCGCGCGCGUGCAUGCGUGCGCGUGUGUUGCAUGCAGUAGAGGCGCGCGCGCGCGCGCAGACCUGUAUGGCGUUCUCUCUCGUGGCGCCGUGUCUGCACGCGCGCUGAACACUGGAGCUCGGGAUUGUGUUCCAGUGUGGGGAUUUUUGGGAAACGGGACAGAGGAACUGCGGGAGUGUGUGUGUGUGUGUGUGUGUGUGUGUGGACAUGCGUAAAGAUGAUGGAGAGUUUCCCCGCAUGGCACUGACACUGACGCUCCGCAUGGAUGUGACUGAAUCAUUUUAGAGAGAACCUUUGGGAGAAUCUCAGCAUGACCUCUGUAAACGGGAAUAAAGAGAGGAGCGGCAGGAACCGGAAACACACGAUGGAUGCACGAGGCGGCUGAUGGAUCUGAAGUGCAUUUAAAACAGUUGCAGAAUGAUCUCCAGCUAAGAGAGAGAGAGAGAGAGAGAGAGAGAGAGGUGACAGUGAGACAGAUGACAGAUUGUUCUCCUACCAAAUCGGCCUCGUUCUCUCCAGACUCAUGGUACCGUAAAGCAUGUGAGGAGUCUCGCUCUGGAUUCCGCCCAGUUCCUGAAGGAGCUCGCUCUGUUCCUGGUUCCUCAGGCGCCCCCUCCCCCGGCUCUGGAACCUCCUCUCCAGGGUCUUUCUCCAGCUCUCCAGGCACUGUGUCUCCAGGGAUUGGGACGAGUUCUCCAGGUUCUCUUGGAGGUUCUCCAGGGUUUGGUACAGGUUCUCCAGCCUCAGGCAGUGGUAGUUCUCCGGGCUCUGAGAGAGGAACAUGGUGUGAUACAUGCACUGGCCGCCUGGCGGAGCUGAAGAGGCAAGCAGCCAAACUGCUGCUCCCUGGACCUUACUCCUCUAAGGACCCAUCGCUCUCUCUCCUCCUCCAUGAUAAGUUGCAGAUUCCCAGCAGCCCGAGGAAAGCAUGGAACGAACAUGAGAGCCGCUGUGAUGUUUGCUUCACGCACCUGAGCCAGUUAAAACAGGAAGCUGUGCGAUUGGUGCUCACCUGUGACGUGUCACCUGGGUCUCCGCCCUCUCUUGCUUCAUUGGUGGGUACAAGGAGCCUCAUCCAAGGCUCCACCCCUACCCACCUGCCUGGAUCCUACCAUUCUGUCACUCCGUCCUCCUCCUCUAAUAGUGCGGCUUUGGCCUCCAGCGUCUCAUCAACUUGCAGUGUAACCACCGCCGUUAGCACCAUCGUUAGCAAUGUUAGCAUUAGCAGCCCUCAUCAUACUAAACAUGGCACCAAACCCAACACACUCGGCGUGGAGAGGAAGACCGGCUCUCCGGCACACACCCACCCCGAGAACACCUGGUCACCUGCACACUUGUCUCGUUCCAAUGGAGUCACACUCAUCCCUUAUCAGAUGUCAGACAGUAAUAAAGAGUGCAUGAGUGAAGCCAUACUGAACCGCUGUAAUACUGAUCGCCUGGUUCCACCCCCGACUCUGCCCACUACAGCGCCCUCCACAGGAUCAUCAGCUGCCACCUCCUUCUUUGCCAGAGCGGCUCAGAAACUCAACCUGUCUUCUAAAAAGAAGAAGCAGAAGACUACGCCCACUGCUUCACUGGCCCCACCCCUUUUCCCAACAAACUUCACUGGAAUCCUGCAGGCCACUCCGCCCCCAGCCCCACCCUGUCUGCUCAGAGCUGUCAGUAAAGUGAGAGAUAAUCCAGGACUCGGUAAGGUGAAGGUGAUGCUGCGUGUGUGUGCCGUGUCCCACACCGAGUCCAGCCCCUUCCUGAAAGUGGACUCUCGUAAGAAACAGGUGAGCAUUAUGGACCCUGCCGUUAACUCCACCUCUCAGCAGAACUCCAAUCAGAAAAGAGGAGCCUCCACCCAAGCCCCGCCCAAAAUGUUCACCUUUGACUCUGCCUUCUCACAUGAUGCCUCUCAGGCAGAGGUGUGUGCAGGUACAGUAGCGGAGGUGAUCCAGUCGGUGGUGAAUGGAGCUGAUGGAUGUGUGUUCUGUUUCGGUCAUGCCAAACUGGGAAAAACCUACACCAUGAUUGGGAAGGACGACUCCAUGCAGAACCUGGGUAUUAUCCCCUGUGCUAUCUCCUGGCUUUUUAAGAUCAUUACAGAGCGGAAGGAGAAGACGGGUGCUCGGUUCUCUGUCCGUGUCUCCGCCGUGGAGGUCUGGGGGAAAGAUGAGAACCUGAAAGACCUGCUGUCCGAUGUGGCCACGGGCAGUUUGCAGGACGGCCAGUCACCUGGAGUUUACCUGUGUGAGGAUCCCAUCUGUGGCAUGCAGCUGCAGAAUCAGAGUGAGCUGCGAGCACCAACAGCAGAGAAAGCUGCGUUGUUUUUGGACGCUGCCAUCGCAGCGCGGUACAGCAGCCGAGCCGAGUGUGACGAGGAAGAACAUCGCAACUCACACAUGCUCUUCACACUGCACAUCUACCAGUACCGGAUGGAGAAGACUGGAAAAGGAGGAAUGUCCGGAGGCCGCAGUCGUCUGCACCUGAUAGAUUUGGGAAGCUGUGUGAAGGAGUUGGCUAAACCCCGUGAGAGUGCCACACCCACUCAGUGUCUGUCUCUCUCAGCCCUUGGGAACGUUAUCCUUGCCCUCGUCAAUGGCUCCAAACACAUUCCUUACAAGGACAGUAAGUUAACGAUGCUGUUGCGAGAGUCGCUAGGAAACAUGAACUGUCGCACCACCAUGAUUGCGCACAUCUCCUCUUCUCCCAACCACUUCUCAGAAACACUCUCUACACUACAGAUCGCUUCUCGGGUGCUGAGGAUGAAGAAGAAGAAGACUAAAGUAAGCGUGCAGUACACAUCUAGUUCCUCUGGUGGAGAAAGCUCGUGUGAGGAGGGAAGAAUGAGACGUCCGACGCAGCUCCGAAACAUACACUCUAGGAACGUUGGAGACUCCGAAAUACCACUGCUUCACAUUUCCAGUGAUCCAGAUGACUAUUCCAGCAGUGAGCAGUCCUGCGAUACCGUAAUAUAUGUAGGUCCAAACGGUUCAGCACUUUCAGACAGAGAGCUCACAGAUAACGAAGGUCCUCCAGAGUUUGUACCUAUCAUCCCAUCUAUACAUAAGAAUAAGUGUGACCAAGGCAAGCUAGCACAGCCAUCUCCGUUAGGUGAUUCUCUAAUCCAGCCUCCACAAACUAUCCAGUCGAUUCAGACCCUUCAUUCUCAGGCACUUCCUCCUGUACCUGAAGAAACUGCAGAGUCUAGCAAGCAGGAAAAAGAUUGUCUCAAAUGUAACACAUUUGCAGAGCUGCAGGAGCGACUGGGGUGCAUUGAUGGCAGUGAGGAGGUAAACAAGUUUCCUUUUGAAGAAGUUCCAACUAGCAGACUUAAGAAAAUUGAGCCUCUUCCAUCUCGCACCACCACAAGUUCUCCCAAGAGGAUCUCAAAUGAUCAGCAACUGGAGGAGAUCCGAGAAGUAGUGGAGGAAGCAGAGAUUGCACAGUCCAUUAUAGAAAGUCUGACAAAGUCUACAAUAAACAAUUGUGUUCUUUCUACCAGCCGGAGUGUAACUGGAGGGAGUGGUGUCGGACAGUUCACGUCUCUUCAAAGGGCCAACAGCUCCAGUCUUCAUAACAGCAGGGAGUCCAUUAGUGGAGGAAGCAGCAGUGAUGGCAAACCUCGUCCCAUGGGUUCCCCCCGACUGGGUAUCGCUAGCUUGACAAAAACAGCAGAAUACAAACCUCCCUCAUCACCUUCUCAGCGCUGCAAAGUAUACACUCAGAAAGGAGUAAUGCCUAGUACACCUCCACAAUCUUCACAAAACCUGUACAGAGAUUCAGGGAAGUCGUCCACUGAAUCAUUGCUUCAGGCUGAAUUCAGAACAUCUCCUGUUGGGAUGGGCCCUCAGGUACUGAAGCGCUCUUCUUCCUCCAACAGUUUAGGAUCAGGGGACACACUGUGUGACGAUGUUCCUCAACUACCUCUGGAUAAUAAGAACAGCACCAUGGUCACCUUUCAGCAGUUCUUAGAGCCACAGGGCAAGGAUGAGUUGGUCUUUACCCUUGUUGAGGAGCUAACAGUGAAUGGGAUCAUGGAGCAAGGCAGGCCCACCAGUAUUAUCAGCUUCAACAGUGACUGCUCAGUUCAGGCUCUUGCAUCGGGUUCACGGCCCAUCAGCAUCAUCAGCAGUAUGAGUGAAGACCUAGAGUGUUAUAGCAAUGCAGCCUCCACUACUACUUCCACCAUCUCAGAAGCCAACAUGGCUACAUUUCUGCCUCUUGGCAAGGAUGAAGGACAGAUCAUCAUCAACCGGUGGUCCUCUAACAGUUCUUGGCUGACUGAAAUGAGCAUAGGAAGUGGUGGAGAACAAUCUUGCCAUAGCUUUGUUACACAGCAAUGCUUUGGGCAGGGUGAGGGACAAACUGAGGUUCAGUUUCUGGAGAUUAAUGUGGAAGGGGGAAGUGAAGAGCUCACAGAACAGAACAAGGAGGACGGAGAUCUUUUCUGUGUAACUGAAACUAAUACCAAAAUGUCUCCAACCAUGGAACAAACAACAGUCACUGUUUCCAGUGUCCAGUCAUUAUGUACCUUGAAUAACUUUUCCCCUAACAAAACUAAUAUAACAGCUCAGCCUUGUGUUGCUGUAAAGCCGGUUAUUCAUGAUCCACCAACCAAACACCCUUCAGUCAAAGAUCCCAGAUCUCCACCAAUUCCUCUCUCAAGUGAGAUCAUCUUUGAUGAUCCUUGGAUGAAAAGGGAUUCCUCCAAACCUGAGGAACUUGUUUGUGAGGCAAAGCUAGAAGAUGGAACACCUGAUUCUAUAAAGAGCAAAAGUGUGUUCGAUAGAAACAGUUCAAGCAGUUGUGAACCAGAAGGUUCUCCUGAUUCUUUCAAGAGGGUUGUAGAUGGUUGUGAAAUGGUUCUAAAUGCUUCAGAAAGCAUCACUCCUGUGUUUUCAGCUAACAUCCUCAGGACCGGCAGCCUUCCUAGGGCAUGGCAUCGCCUAAACAAGCAGGAUGACCUUGAUGACGCUUCCUAUCACUACACAAGUGGAGAAUAUAAAACACUUGGAGUUACUACAUCCACUCCUUGCAGUCCUCGAGCCACACUGGAGCGGAGAGGAUCAUCUGGAAGGCAAGGUUUCUUUACUCGUCCAAAAGGAAUCCCACCCAUACCUCCUGUGAGGAAGUCAAGUCUUGACCAGAGAAACAGAGCCAGUCCCCAACAUAAUUUGACAGGUAACCAGGGUCCAAGCCUGCACUUAUCUUUCUUGGGCAGCACACCAGAGGAUCUGGGUGUAAAUAUUAAACAAGCAGGACCAAAUUUUGAGAGUAGUAGGCUUUUCAGUGCCAAACUUGAGCUGUUAGCAAACAGAACCAAUUCUCUGGGAAGAUCCCAUGGUGCCCACUAUGGUUGUCAUUCCCUAGAGAGAGGGGAAAGCCUGAUGCUUCUUGGACCUAAAGCAGCUGUAGUGAGAGAUAGCACCAUGCCCCAAGUUGGCAGAAGCUUCACACGUAACUCCAUCUCCUCUCCGACCAAUGGACCAAACUGCAACUCCAGUGUAACACAGUCACCCAAAUCAAGCCAAUCUAGAAUCUCAGCUGUUACCAAACUCCUCAUGGCCAGUCCCAAGUCUCGAAACCUUUCCACAUCUAACACCAAGACCUUAAACUUCUCCACCAAAUCUCUUCCACAGUCAGUAAACAGGAGCUCCAGCCUGCCCCCUAAUGGAAAGAACCCAAACUCAAAUUCUUGGUCAACUCAGUCGCUGAGCCGCAACAGGGGAUCAGGGCUUGUCUCGAAGCUGCCUCUUAGAGCUGUAAAUGGACGAAUCUCAGAACUUCUGCAGGGCGGUGCUGGCCAGGGCAGUCAUGGACGAGGUACAUGCAAUACUGAGGAAAAAGGAGGACCAGUCCAGAGUGAGGAAAAGCCAGUGGUCCAUACUUUACCAUCCCCUUACAGUAAGAUCACCGCUCCACGGAGGCCGCAUCGCUGCAGCAGUGGCCACGCUAGUGACAAUAGCAGUGUUCUGAGUGGAGAGCUGCCUCCAGCCAUGGGAAAAACUGCCCUUUUCUACCACAGUGGGGGCAGCAGUGGCUAUGAGAGCAUGAUACGUGACAGUGAGGCCACUGGAAGUGCAUCUUCUGCUCAGGACUCUAUGAGUGAUAACAGUAGUUCAGUUAGUGGACGGAGGAGUCUGAAAAAUGCAAAGAAAAGGAACAACACAGGCACCCAGCGAAGGCGCCUCAUUCCCAAUUUAACCCUUGACCCCACUUCCCCAGUAAGGAAGCCAAUCCUGAGCCCUGGAGUGCGCUGGGUUGACUGCCCACUCCGCCCUCCUCAGAGGGGUGUGACCGAACCCUUCGAGAUUAAAGUUUAUGAGAUUGAUGAUGUGGAGCGUCUACAGAGGAGGCGGACCACUGGCAGCAAGGGCGUCGUGUAUUUCAGCGCUAAGCUAAAGAUUUUGGAGCACCGACAGCAGAGGAUCUCAGAAAUACGGACAAAAUAUGACUGGCUGAAGAAAGAACUGGAACAAACCAAACAGCACCUAAUGCUUGAACCUGAAAAGUGGACCUCAGAGUUCGAUGUGGAGCCGGUGUUUGAGGCCGACUCUCUGGAGUAUUUGGAGGCGCUGGAGUUUGUCACACAGCGGCUAGAGAGUCGAGUUAAUUUCUGUAAAGCUCAUCUGAUGAUGGUCACAUGUUUCGACAUCACUUGUCGCCGACGGUAACCAUGCAGGAAAACAGCAAGUGCAGUAGCUUCAUUAGAGUGCAUGUCUGUAAUAAUAAUAAAGGUGGAUCAGAAACAGGUAACAAAUCAAACAAACAGGAAAUUCAAACUUAAAUGUAAUUUUUUAAAAAUGGAUUUGUUGAAUGUAAACUCGGACUUCUGAGAGAUGAGAAAUGAACCAGCGACUUUAACACACUUUUAUUCUAUAGGCAAUGUUACUAUUAUUAUUUAUUAAGCAGCCAUGUCACAUGACCUGGGUUGUUUCCCAAACACUAUUUAGCUUAUUAGCUCGAAAAGUUAUGAUGUUCUCAAGCAAAAUAUUCUUUAAGUCCUUAAAGCUAGACGGCCUUUCGAUUUUAUAAAAUCAGUGAAAUUUAGUUCCCUCUGAAAUUUGGUCAUUGUGAUGUAUGUUUAUUUCUGUAAUAUCUAAAAAAAAACCCAGGCCAUUCUGUGGCUGGGAAGUUAUUUAAUUUGAGGGGAUUCCCUAGCAAAUAAUGUGCACGAAAUCGCUUGCUUUGCACAGUCAAGCAGACAGAGGAAGUCCGUGUGCGUAUGCGCAGGUUUACCUUCUUCUUCCGCUUCCUUUUCUUCUUCUUUUGGGUUUUACGGCAGCUGGCAUCCAGUGUUGCAUUACUGCCAUCUACAGGUUUACCUUGACCGUGCACUGACAUUUAAAUCAUUCUGUCACUAAAUGAACAGUUGAUCACACCGAGGUGCUUGCUGACCGCCGCUAUUUAUUAGUUUGGUCCUGUGUUUCCUUUCCUUCGUAUAUAACAUAACGUCUUCUCGCUUUCCGUUACUGUAGUCGGUCUUUCACGUUUCAUUCGCACACUUACGUCCUCCAUUUUCCUCUCCUGUUUCAAAUUUGUAUCCCAUAAUGCCUUGUGUGAAUGGGGAAAGCCCACCACGUGAUGCAUGACAUAGUAUCUUGAAUUGGGUCAUGGUGAAGCAGGAAAAAAAUAGCGGAGAAUUUAGAGCCACGUGGCCCUAAAUUCAUUAACUGUUCUAUUUUAAAAAACCUAAUAAAAUUGGAAGUCUGUGAUUCGAAUUCAGUAGCUUUCGGUCCACUAAACAAAAAUAAUUGGGUGUCGGGGAAAAUUCUUUUUAUGACUUAAGCUUGAAAAAUCUGAAAGGCAGUAUAGCUUUAAUUAUCACUGGGGGAAAAAAUCACAUAGACCUUCAAAUGAAAAUUUUUGGACCUGGAAUAACAGGAUCAUUCCCAAAUCUCCCAGAAUGACACAAAUUCCUUGUUAGCAUGUGCAGACUUUCUGUUUUUCUCACAUGUUAAUAGUGUUGAUAAAGAAAAGAUAUUUUACCAAAUGAUUGGUGUUGGACAGAAACAGGACUCACUGUUAGGGGAUAGAAUGGUUGUAAAUAGUUUGCUUGCUUGUUUUAUUCGAACAAGUCCUGAUUAAGAGGCAGAAAUGAAUGAAAAGAGAAAAAAGAAAACAGAUUAAAAGAUUAAAAAAGGAACAAAGUGCCUUGAGAAUAAUUUUAAUAUCAUGAUGAUUUGUGUACAGAUGGUGCUCGCUUAAACAAAACCAUACAAAAAAAUAGAACAAAACAAAAAAUAGAACAAAAAGAGCUCGUUUAUUUCUGUGUUUUAUCCGUCAAGUUAUUUGUACUGAACGUAUUCGUAAAUGCAAUUUGUUACGUGUUUUUUAUUUUAUUUUUUAGAUUUUUCACUUAAAGAGACCACACAGAGUAGAACCAUAUUUAACUGCAUUUUAGGAAUAAAAAAAUCAGGAAAAUAAUAAAAAUCUACUAUAUUAAUGACUUUUUAUGGCAUGUAUUCUGUUUUAACCUCAAAAAUUAAAAGAAGAAGAUGGGUUUUUAAACAGGCGUUUAACAUGAAGUAAAGCAGUGAGGUUAGGAACUAAUCAUUGAUUAUCAACACACUGCAAUAUACAGCACACUCCAUCUUGGGGUUAGGGAUUAAAGGUAGAGGUUUAUGGGUUAGGGGUUGAGGUUUAGGGGUAGGGGUUAACGGUAGAGG